AUGGUUCCAUUUCACUAUCAUCCCCUGGACAAAAACGGUGGUGAAGUAAGGCUCUUGACUUUGCUGCCUGGACGAUUCGCCUCAGACAUCCGCAUUCUAAUCACCAAUGUUUCAUUCUCAGUCCAUAACCCACCAUUCUUCGAAGUACUGUCUUAUACUUGGGGCUCACAAGAGAACCCAGUGGAUAUUUUAGUUGGGCCUGAAGAAGCUACGUUGAAAGUCACCCGGAAUUUAGCUGAAGCCUUGCCAUAUCUUCGGCUCGAGAACCAGGCUAGAACCAUGUGGAUAGACGCCAUAUGCAUCGACCAGAGUACCCUCGAAGAGCGCAGCAGCCAGGUGACAAGGAUGGGUGACAUCUAUACAUUUGCGCACAGAGUGGUUAUUUGGCUUGGUCCAGAACGUGAUGGUAGCACACUAGCUAUCAACAUGCUGAAGGACAUAGGAUCAAACAUUGCGGUUGAUUGGACUUCGAGGACAAUCAGUCCAUCUGGUCCAAAAGCCAAUCUUCAAUGGGCAGACAAGACGAUAGCUCUCCCAUACAAAGCCUCGGACUAUAUUGUGUUGAAGGCAUUAUUCCAACGAGCUUGGUUCGGACGGCUGUGGAUCUGGCAAGAAGCUCGACAUGCUAAUUCCAAUUCUGUUCUGAUUUGUGGAUAUGCCUCGAUUUCAUGGAAGGCCUUUGGAGCGGCAAUCUUCUGUCUUGCAAGAAAGCGCCGACUCUCAAACAUUCCUGGCAGUCUAGCCGAGCUUCUCAAAAUUAUCCGGGUCAUCUACGCACUUUUAAGCAUUCGAACAAAAGAAGAAGCAGCCAUCAGUAUCAAACCCGACUAUACGCGUACAACUGGUUAUGUAUAUAUCAAUGGUCAGAGCCUACUGAGCGCCUACUGCUUGACCAUAUGCGGUACAUUGCUAGUGAACUGGGCUUCAUCUCCGAAGGCAAAGGAUGCACCGUUGACCGAGGACGCAGGCUUGACAGAGGCAAGCAAUUUUGUGAAAUACCUCCUCGAAACCCCAGAUGUAUUGAAAGACAUCAAUUGCGACCCACAAAAGCUUCCGCUGGAGUUUCUCAGGGGCGCCUUCAGCAUGCUUACUGGAAGAUCUUUCUUCACGUCAGAGGAAGGCUACAUAGGCCUAGGUCCACCUGGGGCAGAGAAAGGCGAUGUCGUUUGCGUCCUACUGGGAUGCGCGUCGCCGAUGUUAUUGCGACGAACCAGCCAAGGCUGGUACCAAGUAGUGGGCGAAUGCUUCGUUCUGGGACUUGUGGGAAGCGAGGCUCUGCUGGGCCCAGUGCCUGAGCUCUAUCGACUGGUUUACAAGUAUUCUUACGAUCAUGGCUGCUAUAUUCAACACUUUUUCAACAAGAAUACUGGCGAGACAAGUUGGUCUGAUCCUAGGUUGAACGACCUGCCUCUUUUUGAAGGGCCAGAUCAAGCGCCUUGCAGCUAUGUUCGGUGUGUUGAGAAUGGAUAUUUACUUACAUCUGACGCAUAUACAAGGAUGGGCGCUAAGAUAGAAGACUUCUUGCUGGUUUAAAACAGAUUUUUU